AUGUCCAACACAUGCUAUGCAUUACCAAGUGGGAAUGGAAUUUUUGAAGUUCAUGACCGAGAAUGGAAUUAUGUUGUUGAUCUUAAUGGCAGGCAUUGUGAAUGCAGAAGGUGGGACCUGACAGGCAUACCAUGCAGCCAUGCAAUUUCAUGCCUCAGUCAUAAAAGAAUCCCAGAAGAUUCGGUUCUACCAGCCUCUUACUCCAUUGAAGCAUUCAAAAAUGCAUAUAGCUACACCAUUUUUCCAUGCUCUGAUAAGUCUUCCUGGGAAAAUGUUGGAGGUCCAGAAGUGCAGCCACCUAAAUAUGAGAAGGUAGGAAGGCCACUUAAGGCAAGAAGUAGGGCAGCACAUGAAGUGCAAGGUGCAAAUGGUCCAAUGCUAAUCAAACAUGGAGUAAUCAUACACUGUGGAAAACCUGGUCAUAACUCAGCUACAUGUGCAGCAAAGAAGGAAGGACAACCAACUGUUAAGAAAACCAAGAGGGCAACAACAACUAUAGCUGAGCCAGAGCAGCAACCAAUUCGUGUAGAACAAUAUUUCCAGGAGGUGAGUCACCCAGAUCCUGAAUCACAUACACUGCUGUCCCAAAUGGAGAACCCCAUGGUGUCACAACUACUAGAAGAGGCUUCACAGAAUCUAAGGCAAACUCCAACCAGUCAACCCUUGCCAGACUCUGCCUACAUCAUUUCCAACCUCCCACCAACAAGGCAUACUACACUUACAACAGCAACAAAGGCUGGAAGGGCCUCAAGGAAGAACACUGCUGCCCCCAGACAGAAGACAGUGAAGAAGAACACUGUUGCCCCCAGUAAAAAGGCAAUGAAGGCCAAGAAAGGUCAAUCUGGAGAGUAG